AUGCCGCCGAAGAAGAUGCCCAAUUCCGAGGAGCGCGACGCGAGAGCCGCGUCGCCGCCCCACGCGCCGUCGAGUGACGCGCCGCCCGCCAGUGUUUGCUUCCGCCCGGAAGACAUCACCAUGCUGAUCGACACCCUUCAACGAACGCAGCUAGACGCGUUCCGGGAGCUGUUAGAUAGCGUCAGGCAGUCGGCGACUCCUACAUUCGACCAUCGGCCCGCCAACAACUUCAGCCGCUGCAAAUCUGUAUUCAGCGGACGCGCAGACGAGUCAGUAGAAGGUUUUAUCGACGCAAUAGAAUCGUACAGAGACGCCGCCAAUGUUCCCGAUGACGUAGCCGUAAAAGGUAUUUCCAUGUUGCUGACACACACCGCCGCUACCUGGUGGCAGGGUAUCAAGCAUCAAGUUUCUACAUGGGAAGACGUCAUCUCAAAUCUACGAAGUGCUUUUGGUGAUCGCCGCCCACCCCACAGAAUUUAUGUCGACCUAUUCGCAGACGGCCAGCAGCCUAUGGAGAAAACCGACCUGUUUGUCGCCAGGGCUCGAGCACUCCUCGCGAAGCUACCUCGAGGCGACUUAUGUGAAAAAGUGGAGCUCGAUAUGAUAUACGGAUUACUGCAUCAUAAAAUUCGUAAACGCCUUCGUAGAGAGGAAAUCACCAGUUUCAAUGUUCUCCUGCAAAAAGCACGAAGUAUUGAGGAUUCUACGAAAGAAGCGCAUACUUCAAACGCCGUCGCCGAGACAUCAAAGGGUGCCGCCGCCGCCGCCCGCGCUCGAUUCGAGCCGCCGCGGCCUGCAACGUAG